AUGGCUCCCAUUGCUCCAGGUGAUCUGAACUAUUUCACAUGUACUUUGGGCGAAGCCAGUAGUAGGAGAUUAACCCCGGUCGAUGAAUAUGACACGAUCAAUGAACUCCUCGAUCACCAUGCUGAGAAGUAUGGAGAUCAAUUAGCUAUAGCGAUCCCUGAAGAAAUCGUCAAUAGAAAGGAUUCUGAAGGGAAUUCAUUUGCUGGAUCAUCUUAUGGUACCGAACGAGUAUUGAAUGGUCAGGGAGCAUCUUCGUCUUCUAGUAAUGGAAGAAAAGAAACAAGACAUGCCUCACCAGAAAGGAAUCCAACACGAGUUUUGAAUGGCAAUGGAGUCCAUGUCGCUGGUGCUGAAGCGGCCCCUACAGAAUGGAAAGUCCAUCUUUAUAAUUUCCAAGAACUUCGAGAUUGUUCAUUGAAAUUGUCCCACAAAUUAGCAUCUUCCGAGGAGCUUUUUCCAUCUGAUAAUGUAACCGCAAGAGAUUCGACACGCACCAAGUGUGUCGGUCUCAUGGGUAAAAGCGAUUUUGCCUUUCUAUUCAGUUGGUUGGCAUUAAUGCGAUUGGGGGUAUCCGUCAUGGUCAUGGUGCCAUCACUCAGCUCAGAAGCUGUUCGGCAUCUUUGUAAACAAUGUGAUAUUGAUAUUGUAUUUUACGACGUUGACCUCCUACAACAAUAUGCGGAAAUCCAGAAACUCGAAAAUAUCUCACGCAGCACUCCACUUCAGAUGCGGGGGUAUUCAAGGAAAUCUACCAUGGAAUUAAUAUCACAUCCCGAAAGAAUUCCAUCACAUAUUCCAUCGUACAAGGUCACGGGUAAAACCCCAGCUUACAAUCAUCAUACCUCUGGCACCUCUGGCCUUCCGAAGCCUGUUCCCUACACUCACCAUGUUGCAUGCGGAGUUUUGCCAAUUCUGGAUGGUCGAGGAACAUUGUCCUUUACCACAACACCUUUAUACACCGGCGGCAUUGCAGAUUGUUUGCGUGCUUGGACUAGUCUAUCAAUAAUCUGUCUUGCCCCUGAUGGUCAGCACCCACUCACUUCGGAGACAAUCAUUAAUUGUUUCUCGCAAAUCAAAGAGAAGUAUGAAUCAUCUAUACGUAGAGUGCAUAAAUUCGGAACGCGACCUAGGUCAAAAUCGCUCACGCUUAGAUUGGCCAAUCAAAUUCCAAAGUCAAUAUAUUUCUCUUGUGUCCCGACUAUAGCGCAAAUGCUUUCUACGACAUCUAGAGGACUUGAAUUCCUUCGUUCGAUGGAUAUUGUAGGUGUAGGCGGCGCUAGUUUAUCAGAAGAAGACGGAAAACUGCUUGUCUCUGAAGGAAUAAAUCUCGUUUCUCGUUAUGGUAGUGCAGAGUGUUCAUUUCUUCUCUCGACCCACCGAGACUACAAAACCGACAAAGAGUGGCAAUAUUUCAGAGCCGUGGAAGGUGUUGAUUCUCUCAAAUUUGAGCCACUAAAUGAUGGUUCUAAUAGAUAUGAAUUGGUGGUCAUGAGUGACUGGCCACAAUUUCCAAAGGCCAAUCGAGAGGAUGGAUGUUUCGCAACAAGUGAUCUAUUUGAGCCACAUCAUUCUAUAGAGAAUGCAUGGAAACAUGUCGGUAGAGGUGAUGCCCAAAUCACUCUUUCGACUGGAAAGAAAUUCGAUCCCAUUUACACGGAAGAAGCAUUGAAGAGGUUUCCCGAUAUAAAAGAUGCAUUUGUCUUCGGAAAUGGACAAAUGUACCCCGGAGUAAUAAUCAUCAAGUCCUCAAACGCUACAAGUAACUUCACCGAUGAUGAAUUCAGGGACAUGAUUUGGCCAUAUGUUAAGGAUGUAAACAAAACGGUUCCACCCCAUGCAAAAAUCUACAAAGACAUGUUAGUCCUAAAGCCACAUACCGAUUCAUUGGAAAAAACUGCAAAAGGAACCACAAAGAGGCAAAGUGCCAACAUGCACUAUGAACCCGACAUCAAAAGUGCUUAUGAUGGCGAUGCGUCAGCGUUCAACAGUGAAGUCUCAUUAGAAAGUGUUAUGGAAGUUGUCAAAACAGCCAUUGGCGCUCCGAUAGACCUGCAAUAUGACUCCAACUUUCGGGCUCAUCACAUCGAUUCUGUUCAGGCGACGCGGAUUCGAUCGCAUCUCAAUUUGGCUUUCCUUCGCGGGUCUAAACCCUUUCCUUGGAACUUAGUCUAUCAAUGUGGUAGUGUCACAGGGCUUACCGAAUACAUCAAAGCCUCUCAGAAUGGAUCUAUUCCCGAGAAUGAGAAGGAUGAAGUGCAUCAGAUGAACAGCAUGGUUGAACAGUAUAGUAGAUCGUUCAAGGACGAAACAAAAUCAUGUAACACGCCUGAAGAGGAAACCAUAAUUGUAACUGGAGUCACCGGUACUCUUGGUAUGAACAUAGUCGAAUUGUUGCGAUUUAUGACUACAAGUCAUGAGGCACUUCGGAUCGUUUGCUUCGUUCGAGCCAAAAAUGACGAAGAAGCACGUGAGAGAGUAGAAUGGGCGUUGCAGUCUCAUUAUCCCGAAAACUUGGAAUUCAAUGCCCCAAAUAUCGAGUGCAGAGCUGUGAAAUUAGAUCAAAAUGAGUUAGGCCUUUCAAGAGAUGUAUUGAAAGAUCUUCGUCAAAAUGCUACCACAAUCAUUCAUGCAGCCUGGGAGGUUAAUUUCUCCAUUCCCUUGAAAGAUUUCACCGAGCAAUUUCAAGGACUUCGCAACUUGAUAGAUUUCUCCCUGUCUGGGGAAGCACCGAAACAUCUCGUCUUCUGUUCAUCUACUGCAAGCGUGGCUAACACUAAAAUCGAAGAGAACGAGGACAAGGAGAAAGACAACGACGAGGAGGACUUCAAAAUUAUAGAAAGCAUAAAUCGCAAUCCUUUGGAUGCCGGUCCGUUGGGUUACUCGAAGAGCAAGUGGGUUGCUGAAGCGAUCUGCUCUUCAGCCUGUCAAAUGACAAGAGCAAAUAUUAGUAUUGUGAGAAUUGGUCAAUUAUCAGGCAACACUUUCAAUGGAAGCUGGAACGAAAAAGAAGCAUGGCCACUAAUGCUAAGCACCGGCGGCCCUGAGUGUCUAAAUUCUCUACCUGAACUCGACAUCCCACUUUCCUGGCUUCCAGUCAAUACAGCAGCUGCAGCUGUGAUUGAAAUUGCUUGUCAAAAGAUUUCUUGGAAGCCUCUACAACCACGCCCAUCCUCACAUGAAGCAAGUGUCUUUCAUCUAGUGAAUAAUUCGACGGACAUAACAUGGAGGCACUUGUUAAAAUGGAUCGGUCACGAGGGCAAAACUGAGGAAUUUGAAAAAUGGCUGCAACGUGCUAAAUCGCCAAGUCCCGUGGGAUUGAAAGAAAAUCACCCGGCUAGAUCAUUACUUGGCUUUUGGAAAGACAUGGAAAAGCAGAGUAAGGAGGACUCUACGAGAAAGGCAACAUUUGGUCUUCUAAGAACAAGACAGGUUUCUGAGACCAUGCGUGACUUCACUGAUAUUGAUGAGGAGUAUGUGAAAACUAUUUGGGGAUGGGUUCAAGCUGUUGCACGAAAGUGGGCAGAUGAGAACAAUGGUGAACCAAAGAAGAAAGCUUCCUCAUUAAAAACAGAAGAAUCUUCGAGAGCGGAAUCGCCUGUGGGAUCGGAAGCAUCUCUGGUAAAGGAUUCGGCAGCAUCUAUGAAAUCGGAUGAUGAUGAAGGUGUUAGUGGAAUUAAUGUUACUUCAAAGAAAGAUGUACGCGUUUCUAUGGACUCGUCUUUGGGAUCGGAUUCGAAUGUUCCUCGGAAAAAGUAG